AUGCUGAUGAAGCUGAAGCCGCCCGGCCCCGCGGAGGAGAAUCCCAGAAGCCCUGCCGGUUUCCACAAGAACUUCCUGUCCUUCGAGAACUUUGAGUCCAGUCGGUUGGCGGACGAGUGCUCCGAUCACACGUGGCUGGCAGGGCUGUAUGGCUACCAGCGCGAGGCCCUCCCACAGCUCAAGCAGUUCCUUGUGGGAGAUUUGCAGAUCUACAGCGUGCUCAUCAAGCUGUGUGACAAUGAUCCCCUGGUUCCAGCCGAAGUUGCCCUACAGCAAACGUCUGUCAUGAAGCUGGUGACUUUGAAGGAGCUCCUGGACAUGCGUGAGCCACUUUGCUGUGCAUGUGAUCGAUGCGCGAGUCCCUCCUCCUGA